GUAUUUCUUAUUCCUGUUUCGGUUCAGUAGCGGGCACGGCAGCGGAAGCGCCGACGGGCGAUAUAUGCUGGCCGGGUCGCGCUCUGCACUGCAGCCUCCGCCGCCUCCUUCCGCCACCGAAUCCGCAGCAACGUCCUGUCUCCACCGACGACCGAGCAGCAGCGGAAGCGGCGGCGUCUUAGGAUCUGUCCAUGUCCACUAGCAAACUGGGGAUGGCAUUCAAGAAGGACGAUAACUUCGGGGAAUGGUACUCUGAGGUUGUUGUUAACAGUGAAAUUAUUGAGUACCAUGACAUCUCUGGCUGCUAUAUUUUGAGGCCGUGGGCGAUGGAAAUUUGGGAAUUGCUGAAAGAAUUCUUUGAUGCGGAAAUAAAAAAGCUGAAGUUGAAAUCUUAUUAUUUCCCUUUGUUGGUUACUGAGAAUGUUGUGCAGAAGAAAAAGGACCACUUUGAGGGCUUUGCUCCUGAGGUAGCAUGGGUUACUAAAACUGGAAAAUCUGAGCUGGAAGCUCCUUUUGCAAUCCGCCCCACGAGUGAGGCGGUCAUGUAUCCAUACUUCGCAAGAUGGAUAAGAAGUCACCGGGACUUACCUUUGAGAUGCAACCAGUGGUGCAGUGUUGUUCGGUGGGGGUGUAGCAAUCCAAUUCCUUUAAUAAGGAGCAGCGAAUUUCUUUUGCAAGAAGGGCAUACAGUUUUUGCAACUAAAGAGGAGGCAGAUGAAGAGGUUCUCCAUAUAUUGGAACUCUACCGAAGGAUAUAUGAAGAAUUUUUAGCAGUUCCAGUGUCCAAAGGGUGGAAAAGUGAGAUGGAAAAAUUCGCCGGUGGACUUUAUACAACCAGUGUUGAGGCCUUCAUUCCGAACACUGGCCUUGGUAUACAAGGCGCAACUUCAAAUUGUCUUGGCCAAAACUUUGCAAAGAUAUUUGAAAUCUUCUUCGAGGAUGAGAAGGAUCCAGCUCAAAAAAAUAAUGAGAAGGAUAAAAGGUCCUUGGUGUGGCAGAAUUCUUGGGCGUACACCACCCGCUCGAUUGGUGUGAUGGUGAUGACGCAUGGCGACGACAAGGGCUUAGUGCUACCACCAAGGGUGGCGCCUAUCCAGGUCAUCAUUAUUCCUGAUCUGUUAGAGGACACGGACACGACGGCUAUUAAUGGAGCAUGCGAGACGAUUGUAUGCACUCUAAACCAAGCUGGGAUUCGCGCAGACCUGGAUGCUCGCGAGAACUACUAUCUGGAAUGGAAAUAUUCUCACUGGGAAAUGAAAGGUGUUCCCCUGAGAAUCGAGAUAGAUCUGAAAGAUCUGGCAAACAAGCAGGUGCGCGUCGUCCGGCGAGACAAAGGUGCAAAGGUUGAUAUUCGUUCGACUGAUUUGGUUGAGCAUGUAAAGGUGUUACUGGCUGAGAUUCAAGAUAUCUUGUUUGAAACAGCCAAGGAGAAGAGAGAUGCUUGCAUUGAAGUCAUCUCCACUUGGGACGAAUUCACAGCAGCUUUGAAUGACAAGAAGCUGAUCCUGGCUCCAUGGUGUGAUGAAGAGGAGGUUGAGAAGGACGUGAGAGCUCGGACCGAGGGCGCCGAUCUCGGCUCCGCCAAAACAUUGUGUACUCCAUUCGAUCAGCCAGAUCUUAUGGAAGGAACUGUGUGCUUUGCUUGUGGAAAGCCCGCCAAGACCUGGUCGUUUUGGGGCCGCAGCUAUUGAUUGAAUCUUCUCCGUGUGUGCGUUCAUACCGCCUGCCACGCUGCGGUUUUUGUCUUUACAUGCCGUUUUGGAGAAUCCAUUAAUUUUGAUAGAAGGGAAAUAUACUUUGGUUGUUGGUUGUAUAUACAUGUUAUAUAAGAGAUUUUUUUAAUAAU